UGCUUUGGGACUCUACACUUCCUAUUCCGCUGGAUGCCAGCUGUGUCACGUGACUGACGCAGAACAAUAAUACCAGCCUAUGAUCGUCCGGUCGUCGUACUGGACAGUGCUGAAGCAGGGUUACAGAUGGAUUCUCUUCCCAAUUUCUCAUAAGUGCAAUUUCUCAAAGUGCUAUUUUCCAAGUAUUGUUUUCAUACCGAAAGAAUCAAUAACUUCAACCAGAGAAUUGAUCAUUGAGUCCACAUUCUAGACACGGUUCUACAGUUCUGCCUGAUUCCUAAAAUCAUCCUCAGUGCAUCAGGACCUCCGAAAUGUUGACAUCUGUGUUUACACUGUCUUUGCAGUUUCAAAUCUGAGCCAGCACUCUACAAGCCAGGCCAACACACAUGAUCCAGUGCCUAGAUCUGACCUGAAGUUGACCAUCACCAGAUACCAAUGGUUCACUGACCUUUGGUGUGGACUCACUAGCCUGGAGCAGUUACCAUGGCAUCAAGCGGUGGGUACUCUAUAAACUCAGCCCAGGACGAGGAAUCGGAUGAGAACACACCCCUGCUGACAGGCAAUGGGCAGCCAGCUGGACCCAAAGCAGCUCCUCAGUGCUGCUCAGUGCGAUGGAAUUUGGCUAUCCUCAUGUACUUCGGACUAGCUGUUGUCUACGGUCUCCGAGUCAAUCUCAGCGUUGCUAUGGUAGCCAUGGUUAACAACACGUACCCUCAGCCCUCCUUGAACCACACCAUUGGUCAGGAAUGCCCAGUACCCAUCCCCAGCAUUGACAACUCCACGCAAACCCCAGACCAGCCAGAUGGGAUCCCUCAGUUUGCGUGGGAUUCUGAGACUCAGGGCAUGCUGCUGGGGGCGUUCUUCUUUGGCUACCUGCUCACCCAGAUCCCUGGCGGGUACCUGUCCGGGCAUUUUGGGGGCAGCUUGUUUCUGGGGGGCGGUGUGCUGGUCACGGCGGCCUUGACCCUGCUGACCCCAGUGGCUGCUGAGAUGGGUGCCUACUGGUUGUUUGCACUCAGAGCACUUGAGGGAUUUGGAGAGGGUGUCACAUUCCCUGCCAUGAUGGCCAUGUGGGCACGCUGGGCACCCCCUCUGGAGAGGACGGGACUCAUUACCAUCUCAGGUGCGGGCGCGAGCUUCGGGGCGUUCGUGGCCAUGCCACUCACCGGCUACAUCUGCCACGCGUUGGGCUGGCCAGCUGUCUUCUACUGCUGUGGAGGUGCUGGCUGUGUCUGGGCUAUUUUCUGGUUCGCCCUGGUGUCUGAUGAUCCUCGGACACACCCUCGGAUCAGCGAGUGCGAGAGAGACUACAUCACACAGUCCAUUGGCCCUCAGGCAGGUGCCCAUGGCUGGUCUGUGCCGCUGCUGCCCAUGUUGUUGUCUGUGCCACUUUGGGCCAUCAUUGUGACUCAGAUGUGUGCCAACUGGUCCUACUACACCCUACUGACCUCUUUACCAACUUAUAUGGACACGGUGCUGCACUUCGACCUGAGACAGAACUCAUUCCUCUCUUCACUGCCUUAUCUGGGAAGCUGGCUGUUCUCUGUUCUGUCAGGUGUAGUAGCGGACAUUCUCCUGGAGAAGGAGCUGUUGAGCACCACGACAGUACGCAAGAGCUUCACCGUAAUAGGUUUGCUGUUACCGGCUGCAUUCCUGGUUGCUGUGGGGUUCUCGGGCUGCAGUGGCCUGCUGGCUGUUUUGUUCCUGACUAUCUCUUCAACCUUAGGGGGCGUCGGUGCCGCCGGAGUCUUCAUUAACCAGAUCGACAUAGCCCCACGCUAUGCAGGAAUGCUGCUAGGAAUCACAAACACAUUUGGGACUGUUCCAGGAGUCCUUGCACCCAUUGCUGUGGGCUACCUGACCAAAGAUCGCUCCCUGCUGGGCUGGAGGAAUGUGUUCUUGGUGUCAGCUGCAGUGAGUGCCUGUGGAGCUCUCGUCUUCGCUCUUUUUGGCAGUGGAAAAGUCCAGAGCUGGGCAGUUCCUACAAAGACACACGCUGAAGAAGAGGAGUCUCCGUGUAGCAGUGACCCAUAGUAAUGCCUUCACACUGUGGCCCACCUGUGUGUGUGUGUGUGUGUGUGUGUGUGUGUGUGUGUGUGUGUGUGUGUGUGUACGUGUGUGUGUGUGUCUGUCUGUGUGCACACGUGUGUCUGUGUGCACACGUGUGUUUACAGAACAUUAGAUCAAUGCAAGGAAAUACACCAAAGGCCUUACUUGGAUGAUGUUUACAGAUUAUUUUUAAAAACUUUUUUUCUCUCUUUUCGAAUAAUGUACACUAUUUUAAAUAUUAAGUAAUUUGGUAACUAAGGGAUUUUAGUAAUUACAAAGUUUACAUUACAGAUUUGCCAAGGCAAAAGAACAAAGAUAUUUUCUAACAUGUUUAUGUUCUUAAAUGUGCACACAUGGGACACCAGUGGCAGUCAUUUACAGCCUGAUUGUGGUCCCAUAAUGUAAUUCGCACACCUGUGGUCAGUGUUUGGUUUUAUACACAAAUGUACUGUGACUGCCAUGUUUUAUUUCCUCAAAUAUUUGGUUUGGAUGUGCCUUGUGUUUGUCAUUUUUUUAACUGUUGUGAAAAAAAAAUGUGUGGUCAUGUAAUAUUGUGCAUCUAUAUUUGGCAUUUGGACAUUUUAUUGUUUAAAAUGUUUUAAGUAAAAUACUGUGAUGCAGUAAUGAAGUUUUGCUAACUGAAA